AUGGACGGUGAUCAUCAUGAGCCUACACAAGAAGAUUCUGAGAAAGCGAUUUCCAAGAACGCAGAACAGCAAGGCUCAAGCCAAGGUAGAUCGUAUGAGUGCAUAUUCUGCAAGAGGGGCUUCUCAAAUGCUCAGGCCCUUGGAGGUCACAUGAACAUCCACCGAAAAGACAAAGCCAAGCUCAAGCAAUCCUCCACAAUUUCAUCGUACUCUGCAAGUUCAACUGUCCAGCCACUGCCGCAGAUGCCAUCGUUGGAUGCUAGGUUCACUGGGAGUUCAGAUACGAGCAAGGUAUCUUGGCCUUGGGUUCAUCGGCGUGAAGGCGAAGAGGAGAGUAUCAAGAAGGAUUAUUAUUCCCAUGUUGGUGGAGUUAGACAAUUACCUUUGUUUUCCGAAAUACCGUCCUCAACAAAGGAUCAUGAUCAAGAACAAAAUAUUCAAACUUCAGGGAGGAAUAAACCAAUACGCAACGGUUCCUCGUGGUCUUCUUCAGAACUAGACCUCGAGCUCAGGCUGGGACUGGAACCUCAAGAACCAAAGACAUCUACUGAUUGUUUUACCACUAUUGUCAGUGAUCUCAUUGGAACCUUAUGCGACCUGGAGUUUCAUAUAGCGUGA